AACUUUAGCACCAAGCUAUACACAUAUCUCUCUAGCAAUACACACUCUUGACACACUUUACACCUACUAAACACACACACACACAUUCAAAUUCCAAAACCUUCAUACAAACCCAACAACAGUGGUCCACUUCUCAGACCGCCGUCGACUACUCCUUCGGCGGCACCGUGGUCGCCGGUCGCAGCCCUCCCCUCCCUCUUCGUGACUUUCUCCUUUAGCCUCCAUUUAAGUAGAAAUUGAGCUUGAAGCUUUGUCCCCCUAAACCCAAAUUACUUGGGAUUUAAGUGCUAGGAGUGGCGCAUCCAAGGCAUGAGUAUGGACAACCAAACCAAGUUUAAGGAGUUUAUUUCGAAUUGCGUCUUGCCAGGUUAAGGAGUCGGUGAAGAGGCAGCGGUCAAUGUGGUCUAGGGUCUCCCAACCCAAUAUUUGACUAUUAUCCAUUUUGGGAUUUUUGGAUUGUGGAGCAUGGCUACAGGCACUGCAAAUGUCGAUUCACCGCAGUCUCUCCCUUCAAGAUUACUAGGACGAGUCGCUCUUGUUACCGGAGGUUCUGCAGGAAUUGGGGAGAGCAUUGUGCUGCUGUUUCAUAAACAUGGUGCAAAAGUUUGUAUAGCCGAUCUUCAAGACGACCAAGGCCAGCGUCUGAUUGAAAGCCUUGGUGGCAGCUCAGACGUCGCCUUUAUCCACUGUGAUGUGACAAAUGAAGAUGAUGUCAAGCGUGCUGUGGACUUCACUGUUGACAAGUUCGGUACCCUUGACAUAAUGGUGAACAAUGCCGGGGUGUCAGGCGCGCCCUGUCCAGAUAUCCGGGACUUUGAGCUCUCUGAUUUUGACAAGGUGUUUGAUGUGAAUGUGAGAGGUGCUUUCAUUGGAAUGAAGCAUGCAGCUCGCAUAAUGAUUCCAGCGAAGAAAGGGUCGAUAAUAUCGGUUGCCAGCGUGUCGAGCGCCUUGGGUGGCAUCGGGCCCCACGCAUACACAGGGUCCAAGCAUGCUGUUUUGGGGCUCACCAAGAAUGUGGCGGCGGAGUUGGGAAAACAUGGCAUACGCGUAAACUGUGUGUCGCCAUAUGCUGUUGCGACGGGGUUGGCACUAGCUCACUUGCCUGAGGAGUUGAGGACUGAGGACACAUGGGCUAAUUUUCGUAGCUUUGUGGCGAACAACGCAAACUUGCAAGGCGUGGAAUUGACUGCGGAGGAUGUGGCUAAUGCUGUGGUUUUCUUGGCUAGUGAUGAGGCAAGGUAUGUGAGCGGCAUCAAUCUCAUGGUUGAUGGAGGCUUCACAUCUACAAACCAUGCCCUUCAAGUAUUCCGGUGAAUCUCAUUUAUAUGUACCUUUUCUUCACAUCUACAAACAAUUGAUAGAUGAUACUUCUUCCAUGAUUUUGAUGUCAUGAUGCUUAGCAUUUGAAUUUUGGUAGUUCAAAUAAAAGAAGUGUGUUUUCAUUCUGUGUC